AUGUUGCACCACCGUUUGGUGGCUGUUUUGAAGAAACCCUCCAUGCACCACAUCUCCAGCUUUCCUCAUCUUCCAGAGGGAGCUAUUAAGCACUACCUGAUCUCGAAGCCCCUGCCAUGCUACCAGGACCCUCACAGCGUCCCACAUAAAUCCUCAUUCAGCUUCUGCAUCACAGAGCUAAGAAUAGCUGGGGAAAUUGCAGAGCAGUCUGGCCUGGAGCGUCGCCGCUGGAUCUCUGUGCAUGGAUCAGUUAUUGACAUGCAUGUGGGCCUGCGCUUCGACAUGUGCUUCUAUAAGAUUGAGAACGGCGAGGUGUAUCAGAGACGCAGGGGUCCGAGCGCUGGAGGACAUACAGAGGAACAGGAAGUGAGUCCUAAAGCACAAGAAGUGAGGGGUCAGACAGGAAGCAGCAGCUGGAGACGAAUCGUUCUGCUGAUCCUCGCCAUCACCAUACACAACAUCCCCGAGGGUUUGGCUGUCGGUGUGGGUUUCGGAGCCAUCGGGAAAACUCCCUCAGCUACUUUUGAAAGCGCCAGGAAUCUGGCUAUAGGCAUCGGCAUUCAGAACUUUCCAGAAGGCCUCGCUGUGAGUCUCCCAUUGCGGGGAUCUGGAGUGUCCACAUGGAGAUCCUUCUGGUACGGUCAGCUGAGUGGGAUGGUGGAGCCUCUGGCGGGACUCCUGGGGGCCGUGGCGGUGGUUCUGGCGGAACCUCUGUUGCCGUACGCUCUGGCCUUCGCUGCAGGAGCAAUGGUGUAUGUGGUGCUGGAUGACAUUAUUCCUGAAGCCCAGAUCAGACAGUGGAAACGGGAAACUGGCCUCCUGGACGGCCAUCCUGGGUUUUGUGGUGAUGAUGUCACUGGAUGUGGGGCUGGGCUGAGGCCUCUGAUUGGUCCUGGAAUGUCAGCUGACUGCACUGAAAAUAGUCACCAAAGCCGCCUUGUUUUGUCAGUGUGUAGGUUUGUUAAUCAACGGGCUCUUUUUCUACAUGCUUUUAUUUGUUUUAUAAAUGAUCAUGAGUGGAUCAUGAGUGAUUAGUCGAGGUGAAAAGACUGACCACAAAAUACUUGAAUAAUUAUCCACACUUGAAUGACUAUAGGUGCGGUGCGCGUGUGUGUGCGUGGGUGUGCGUGCGUGCGUGCGUGUGCGUGUGUGUGUGCACGUGCAUUUUUUGAUUGUGUUAAAAUGUUUGGUGUGUGUGUAUGUUUUUUUUAGGGGGUGUGUGUUUGUGUGUAUGUGCAUGUGUUUAUUUGUGUUUGUGUGUGUGUGUGCGUGCAUUUUUUGGGUGUAUGCCAACAUGCAUGUAUGCUCAUAUGUUUGUGUGCAUGUGUGUGUCCGUGUCCAUAUGCUUGUGUGUGUGCGCGUCUG